AUGUCUCAUUUUAAUUCAAGUGCCCACACUCCUCAUCAUGCUCAUCAUCCAUCGCUGGAUCAGCCUUUUCCAUAUCAUCACGGUGCACCGCAACAGAUCCCUUCGAUUGUUGUCAACCCUAUCAAUUCCGAUAAAAGGCACGGCGAGUACCUGAACUCGUCCCAUAUUCUCCCGCAGCCGCUGCCGACGGCCCAGGAUCCUCGUUUAGGUGCCCAAAUGAUCUACAAUGUUCAUCAGAGACCACCCCAGCCGUACCCAGGCAACUUCUAUCCACCGAUGCAGUCACAACCAUUAUACUACCCUGGUCAACCACAACAACACCAUGUGGCCGGACAAGAUGAUGGACGUUAUGGACGUGCUCCUCUCAUGUCUAGAAUACAUGGCAAUGCUCAAUUACAACCGUUAAUUCUGCUGCUGUCUGGGUUUGCCAGACCAACGGCAUCGCCGGUUGAGUUGCUGCCACCGAUGGGUGCUAAGGAAUUGAGGACUACUUUCAAACCCAGACGCGUUAAGAAGAACUCGAAACCUAAAAUCAACAAAAUUAGUCAUGAGGCAUUGGAGAUGCAAUUUGCGAGGAAGAAGCAAGAGAAGACCUUAAGCGAGCAUACAUUAGACUCCUUGUAUGAUGACUUCCAAGAAGCCUUGAAGAUUCCAUCACCCAGAGCUUCACUUGCUUCAGCAUACGAGAAUACUCUUGAAAGCGAACUUGAAGUGAAGCUCUUUGAUUUAUUUGUCCAUGUGAUUUCCAAAAGCAUAGACUCAUUCUUACCACACGAGUGUUUCCAGAAGCUUGUUGCCGAAUUGGCCUUAUAUGAGGAUACCAAAAUGAUUCUCAAUGCCAUUUUCUGUCUAAGCUCAUUAAUUCUCCUGAGAAUCAACCCAGAUGCGAUCGACCCAUCGUAUCCUCUCAAAUACUAUCAAAAAACAGUCGGCACCAUCAGACACCACCUCAGCCGUCCAGAUGCUGAAGACGAAAGAAACGGUAUACUUGCUCGUUGUUUAUUAUCGACAAUCUUAUUGUGCAUCUAUGAGCUUUUCUUCGUUGCAAUUGACAGCACUUAUGUGAAGGGUGCUGCCAGUAUUUUCAUAUCCAUCAUGUCCAGAAGAAACAGAUCAGAAAGCUUAAUUGGGAACUCCCCCUUUUAUCAUACAUGCUUUUGGGCAAUGUUUGUUUGUGACCUAAUUUUAUCAUUGAAGCUUGAGCUUCCAAAUAUGUAUUCCUUGGAGAAGACAUGGAAAGCAAUGGACCCUAUUUAUUUUGAGUCUUUCAACGAUGCAAGUUCCCACCUGGAUGAGCCAGCAAAAUCAGUGAAGGAUGUUGAAGCCUUCCUUUCUAGCUCUUUGCUUACUGGCCAAAGCACGUUCUGGUGGCAGUACAAGGUGAUCAUAACUUUGAGCAGUAUCAACGAAUUCUCUAAUUCUUAUGAUGUCAUAUCGCAGGAAGACUUCACUAACAACAAGGAAUUCCACCAAUGGAUGGAGUUGAACCAAAGAUUGGAUGAUAUUGACCGCAACCUUCCUGUGUCCUUGAAACCAAGCGUUUGUCGUCCAGCAUCCAGAACCAGGGUCUUUCCUCAUAUCUUAUUCAAAGACGAGGCAACCGCUAUUGUUGGUUUGAACUACAAGUUGGCCAAGAUCAGUCAUUACGUCAAGUUGGCUUCUAAGUUAAGAAUAAUGGACGACUUUCUCAUUGAGGAACAGUUGGCAAAAUAUCCGUCCCAAUACCGUGUGAAGUUGGCAAAGGAUCUUGUUGGAAUCCUUCAAAGCUACUGUAAUUCUAGCAUUUGGCCUGUUACAAUUCAUGCAUUGAGAGCGGCUUCACGUAACAUCGAUAAGAACGACGAAGUUGUUAUGGAAGAGCUUAAACGUUUUACUAGACAGAUGGUCCAAUUCAGUCACACUCAUCUGGACUUCGUUCCUCCUUCUGCCUAA